AUGCAAAGAAUUGAGAGUGAAAUUAAACAAACUUUACACAUAGAAAGCAUACAAGGUGUACCAAGACUAGCCGAUGCCAAUUUCAGUACUUACGUGCCGCCAAUUCUUGAACCAUUGGCUUUGAAAGAUUUGGAAGAUGAUACUCCUGAUAGUGAUUUCCCCGUCAACAGUCCAGGGGAUAUAUCUCCAAGAAGAAAAAAGAAAAAAUCAUCAAACGGCAGAAGUCAGUCCAACAGGCACAAUUGUUCCACAACGAAAAUUAUCGACUCCUCCGUCCGUAGAUCAGAGGGUACAUCUUCAAGGAUAAAGAAAAAAAAAUCGAGCAGCAGAAACUACUCCAGCAGGCACAGUUUUUCCACUCGGCGAAUAAUGGACUCACAAAAAUCUAGAAACUCAAUCCCAACGAACGCAACAUUGCAAUCAGAAAAUGGGUCUAAAUAUUCAAUUAAACCACGCGAACAUAUCCAGAAAAACGAAGAAAUAGGUGAGGCUUUCGUUUUGUGCAGUUCUACACUACUAAAUUAUAUAAAUCAGAAGUCAUUAUGCAAUUUAGUCUUGUUCGGUUUGUUUUUGUUAAAGACGAUAGCUUAA